CACCAUACACACACACACACACCCGCACGUAUGUGUGCGUGACCGACCGACCGACCGGCGACGACCUUGAUCGGAAUAAAGGUCUUCGCCGCUUACGUAUGCCAAUAAGAAGCUUCACAAGUCAGCGCCUGUAGUAGGUCUUCUCCCUACUCUGCAGGUUAUCUGAAGCUCCCCUACCUCCACACGCCACUCUCUCCUCCUUCCAAUUCCGCCUCGUUGUCAACACACGAAGCAGUCACAGUCUCGCCUUUGACGCCGUCGUCGAAGUAGCUCGCUCAGUCCUUUCUCCGCGUUUUUGUUUUUAUUUUUGUUUUUUUGGCGAAUGUUGGGGUGAGACAGUUCCGCUCUCUUGCUUCACGCAGUUUCUUUUUCAGUUGCUGAUGACAUGCGCUGGAUCUUUAAUUUCAUCACUGUGCCUGCUGCUUGGAACUGAAUUGGGAAUGGCUAGUUUCGAGAAAGAUGAGAUGCCGAUGCUGUCAGGGUACCUCCAAUCAGACAAUCAAAACGAAUCUAGAAGCAGGAGACCUCUAACAAGGGCAACGAGUGCUUUGAUAUCAAUGCCUAUGAAUACUACAGAUUCAUCGAGGGAGGAGCACAAUCUGGUGGGAUUCACUGGACCUUUGAGGAAAGAGAGAACUCCCUUUAUACAGAUGAGUGGUCCUUUGGAUGCCAACCGUAACCGAGAAGUAGUUUUCCAGCUUCCUCAAGGGACACCACGGCAGAAAGCUACCGAGCAAAGAGUAGAGAGAUAUCCUUCGAUUAAUCAGGAUGAAGGGAAUGAGUGGCAUGUAGAUAGCUACAUGGCCAAGAAUGAGCACCUUUUGAGGUCGGGGCAGCUGGGAAUGUGCAACGAUCCGUACUGCACGACUUGUCCGACUUAUUAUCACAAUGUUAAGGGGCGGCAGAAGCAAUCGAGGACUGCAGAAAUGCUUGAUGCAAAGUUUCAUAAUAUGCUUUAUGGAGAUGCGAAAGGUUGGGCGAAGAGGAUGUGUUCCUUUCUGCUUCCGUAUAUACCUGGAGUAAUGAAUCCCCACUCGAAAUUCGUCCAGCGCUGGAACAAGUUCUUCGUGAUUUCUUGUUUGCUCGCUGUGUUUUUAGACCCGCUCUUCUUUUUUCUGCUAUAUGUGCAGCAGAAUAACAAGUGCAUAGUUAUAAAUUGGCCCAUGACAACAACAAUCGUCGUCUUGAGGAGCUUGUUUGAUUUAAUUUACAUGCUUCAUAUGUAUCUUCAGUUCAGGCUGGCCUACGUUGCUCCGGAGUCUACAGUUGUGGGAGCUGGAGAGUUAGUUGAUGACCCUAAAAAGAUUGCAAAGAACUAUUUAUGCAGCUACUUUUUCAUCGAUCUCUUUGUUGUGCUGCCCGUGCCACAGAUCAUUAUCUUGUUAGUUCUACCAGAAUCAAUAGGAGCAUCUGGUGCCAACUAUGCAAAAAAUCUUCUACGAACAGCCAUUCUCAUCCAAUACAUUCCCAGGUUGUUCAGAUUUCUACCUUUGGCGGCUGGCACUUCUGCAACUGGCUUCACUUUUGAAUCUGCGUGGGCACAUUUCGUAAUAAAUUUUCUCACCUUUGUUUUGGCAAGCCAUGUGGUCGGCUCGUGCUGGUAUCUCUUUGGUCUGCAGAGGGUAGAUAAAUGCUUCCGAAAGGCCUGCAAUGAUAGUACUAUUGAAGGGUGCAGGGAAUUCAUCGAUUGUGGGCAUGGAACUGAUUAUGGUGACUUUGAGAAGAAGAGCAGGUUAUGGGAGCUCUGGAAGAACAACGAAAAUGCGUCAGCUUGUUUUGUAGAUGGUGGUUAUGACUUCGGGAUUUAUAAGUCUACUGCUAAUCUGACCACUCACAAAAGCUUUGCAACGCGAUAUAUCUACUCGUUGUUUUGGGGAUUCCAGCAAAUCAGCACCUUGGCUGGGAAUCAAGUUCCAAGUUAUUACGAGGGGGAAGUUCUAUUUACAAUGGCCAUUAUCGGCAUAGGGCUCUUGCUGUUCGCUCUUUUGAUUGGAAACAUGCAGAACUUUCUUCAGUCUCUUGGCCGCAGGGGGUUAGAAAUGUCUUUAAGACGCCGGGAUGUUGAGCUUUGGAUGAGUCAUCGUCGCUUGCCUGAAAAUCUCAGAAGACAAGUUCGAGAUGCAGAACGUUUUAAUUGGGCAGCCACAAGAGGAGUGAAUGAAGAAAAGCUAAUGGAGAACUUACCUGAAGACCUUCAAAGAGACAUUAGGAGGCAUCUCUUUAAAUUCAUCAAGAAAGUCCGAAUCUUUCAGCUGUUGGACGAACCUGUCAUAGAUGCUAUAUGCGAGCGGCUGAGGACAAAAACAUACAUCAACUGCAGUAAAAUCUUAUUCCGCGGGGGUCUUAUCGACAAAAUGGUGUUUAUAAUCCGGGGAAAGAUGGAAAGUAUCGGGGAAGAUCAAAACGUAGUCUUGUUGUCCGAAGGGGAUGUUUGCGGCGAAGAACUCCUCACAUGGUGCUUGGAACAUUCUUCCGUAAAUAAAGAUGGAAGCCGAAGACUCCCGGGCCAUGGGUUACUAAGCAACAGGACUGUGAAAUGCACGACAAACGUCGAAGUGUUUGUGCUCCGAUCCUCAGAUCUCGAAGAAGUGACCAGUCUUUUCGCAAGAUUCUUGCGAAGCCCGCGAGUGCAGGGCGCCAUACGGUACGAGUCACAUUAUUGGCGCGGACGAGCUGCCCGACAAAUUCAAGUGGCGUGGAGAUACAGGAAAAAGCGAAUUAACCGAGGUGACUCGUCGUCUAGUCCAGCGCAUAAUUAGUAGCGACUUUGGGACAUUCUAGCUAAGCUAGCAGUGCCUAUGUGUGUGUAUUGUACGUAGAACAUCUUGAUUCUUGAUCGCCAUGUAAGAGCACUCUCCUUCCUCACAUUUUACCACUUCAUAUAUAUAUAUAUAUUUGUAUGUAUGUA